AGCAAUACCAUCUCAUUGGUCUGUCGAAACCAGGACACCUACAUUAAUUUCAUUCAUAUACUACUCUCUAAUGGUCACUACGCGCAACGGAAGCAAGAAUGCAAUUGCCUCACGGGCACAGCCUCAGGAACUAUCUUUACCCACACGUUCACGACGUACUCGACAGACCAAGGCCAAGACGAAAGAGCUACUCGCUGUAGAAGGUGAAGGAUCAGAGACUGUGGAGAGUUCCUCCCCUACAUCCUCACCAGAUUCUGGUAGUCCGCUACAAGACGCAAUAGACUAUCCGCUGAUCGACGACCAAAGCACAGAGCGGACUUGUGUACCCAUUUUAGAAGAGAUAGGACAUGAGGGGGAGGAGGCAGAGGAUGAACGCAAUCACAGCAUGGAUAAAAAGUCAGAUAUACAGAGCAAAGUCUGCAUAAUUAAAGCUGGAAUAGAAGAGCAUGAGCCAGACAAUGCAGAAGAAGGAGAAGAUGAUGAUGACGGUGAGAGUGAUGAAGAGAAUGAAGAAGAGGAUGACGAUGAGAAAGAGAACGCGGAGGAAGCAGAAGAAGAAGAAGAAGAUCUGGAUCAGUUACUUGCAAGAGCACAGGAAUCUUUGAAGCGGAAAGCCAUGUUUGAGGAAAAAACUGAGGAACAACAAUUCAAUUUCCCAAAGCUAGAGACAGGUCUAAAUACCAAUAAUACGUACUUUAAGCAGGAUGGAGCAAAAGUUAAGGUGGAUAAGAAUACUGUUGUAGUAGUAGAAAAUGGUACAGCUGCAUCAAAACCCAAAGCUCAGUCAGCUCUCGAAACCUGCGAGAUCAACAUGAAUGCCCACAAGGUACAUGUCAGCAAGAAACAGAAGCAAGAGGAAAGAGAGAAGACAACAGGAAAGGGUUGGUUCGAUCUUCCUCAACAAGUCUUGACGCCAGAAUUAAAGCGUGAUCUCCAAAUCUUGAAGCUUCGUAAUGUAUUGGAUCCAAAGCGAUUCUAUAAGCGAGAAGAUAAGAGCAAGGCUAAGUUCCCCAAAUAUUUUCAAGUGGGUACAAUCAUUGAGGGAAAUACGGAGUUCUAUUCAUCUCGGCUGACCAAGAAGGAGCGUGCCACCACCAUUACAGGCGAGGUUAUGAAGGACUUGACUGGUCGCGAUUACUACAAGCGCAAGUUCAAUGAGAUCCAAGAAGCUAAACAAAGUGGAGGCAAACGCUUUUAUAAGAAAGGCAAAGGGAAGCAGAGCAAGAGCUGGCGUGCUGGUAAAUAAUAAAUAAAACAAACGCGAUGAUUUUCCUCCAC